CUCCCAAUGGACCAAACAUUGGUGUUAAACAGCACAGUCGUUACGAGGUUGGAGAUAUGAUGGAAGCUAACUGUACAUCGGCCUUUUCAAACCAAAUAGCCAAGUUGUUAUGGCAGAUUAACGACGUUGAGGCUGAUCCGGAUUAUUUAAUGCAGUACCCGCCACGUCGUAAUUCUAACUUGUCCUCCACUGUUCUGGGUCUCAAGUUUAAUGUCCGCGCUAACCAGUUCCAGAAAGGUGAAAUGAGACUGAAAUGUACAAGUAUGUUAUUUAAGGUGAUAUAUGAAAGGAGUGAGGAAACAGUGAUAGGAGGGAAACAGCAGAGUUCCGGUCUUCAUGUCUCUGAAAGUACUAGUUCAGUUCAUGGUAAUGUCAUGAGACCAUCCCGAUCGCUCAACUGUGUGAUUGGACUGUUUUUAUUUCUUCACAAGUUGAUGUAGACUCAAGUGUCCGGUGCAGCCUUGGAAGUUUCUAAGCACUUACUGAACAUUCAGAAACUAAGAACAUUAGGGUUGUUACGGGUCAAGAUUCAAUACUGAAAGAUUUGACCAUUCAGAAACUUGGCUCUCUAACGACAAACAACACCGGUUCAAGCUCAAUUCCAGUCUUGCUAAUUACUUAUAGCGAAACAGAAACCAUGCUUGUUCUUCUUAUCUCUUAGCUUUGUUACAAACACAUUUUCGGUAAACAAGCGAAAGAAACGGUUUACCAAAACCCACAUUGUAAGAAAGUCAUACCAUAGAGAGCAGGUUAAAGUUCAUACAAAAGGUUAGAAAGGUCACUGUUCGAUGUGAUGUUCCGGAGACAAAUCUCAUCUAUUCUCCACGACGUAAAAAUAUCAGAUCAAAAGAUACUUGCUUCUGAAAUUUAGAUGUUUUACUUCAUCUAUAGUUUUUUUUUUGUGUAAUUUGUGCCUUGUAACAUUGUUUACAAUUAAAGAUAA